AACUGUAAUUUCUCAAGCUUGGCAGCAAUCAGGUCUUUAAAAACCAAGAAACAUGCCUUUCAUUUAGUUACACUGUUCUCAACCAAAUUCCUCAAGUCGAAAUGGAAGUAUGGUGGACAGAUUAUGCGGUAAAACGUGUUGCCAUACAAUGAACAUUCGAUCGUGACGUGGCGUAGUAGAAUGAAUGAGCUGGCCAGCUAGAGCACGAGAGUUGAGUCAGACAGGAAUAGAAAAUGUUGCUGCUGUGAGGAUGCGUUUCCUUUAAGCCCAAUACUAAAUAUUCUCAUCAGACUGGACCAAAGUUAAUCAUUUUAUCGGACUGAGAUGGCCCGAGGAGAAGGCUCAGAGCAGUACACCGCAACUUUACUGACGGCGACAGUCAAGCCUAUGAAGACAGAAAUCAAGCCAAAUGAACAGAGGAGUUUUACGGAGAAACAGAGGAAAAAUGGACUGUCUGUGUGGAGUAAACUGUGUUAUGCCUUCGGAGGAGCUCCCUACCAGAUAACAGGCAGCACCCUGGGCUUCUUCCUACAGAUCUACCUGCUCGAUGUGGCUCAGCUGGAUCCUUUCUAUGCCUCCAUCAUUCUGUUUGUGGGUCGGGCCUGGGACGCCAUCACAGACCCGACCGUGGGGUUCCUGGUGAGCCGGAGUAGAUGGACUAGCAUCGGCCGCAUGAUGCCCUGGAUCCUUUUCUCAACUCCAUUUGCAGUACUGACUUACUUCCUGAUCUGGUAUGUGCCUUCAUUUGAGGAAGGAAAAGUCAUCUGGUACCUGGUGUUUUACUGCCUCUUCCAGUCAAUGCAGACGUGCUUCCAUGUGCCGUAUUCAGCGCUCACCAUGUUUAUCAGCAGCGACCAGAAGGAGCGGGACUCCGCCACCGCCUAUCGUAUGAUGGUGGAGGUACUGGGCACAUUGCUGGGCACGGCGAUCCAGGGACAGAUAGUAGGUGGGGUCUCCAGCUGUCCCACUGAGCCCAAAGACUCCAACAGCACAAACACCACGAUGAACACUACCAUAGUUUCACUGGAAGAUACGAAACAAGCAUACUUGCUCGCUUCAGGGGUCAUCUGCAUCAUCUACAUCUUUUGUGCCCUGGUCUUGUUUUUUGGUGUGAAGGAGCAAAAAGAAAGCGAUCGGAAAACCUCAGCUCCGCCACUCACCUUCCGUCAAGGCCUGUGGGUGAUUGCGAGUCAUGGACCUUACGUUAAACUGGUCAUCGGCUUCCUCUUCACAUCUCUGGCCUUCAUGCUGCUGGAAGGAAACUUUGCCCUUUUCAUCACCCACGCUCUGGGCCACAGGAACGACUUCCAGAAUAUCUUGCUGGUCAUCAUGCUAUCAGGAACUUUAACCAUCCCGUGGUGGCAGUGGUUCCUGACUCGGUUUGGGAAGAAGACGGCGACAUACUGCGGCAUCUUGUGGGCAGUACCCUUCAUGAUCCUAAUCGUCUCCAUCCAGAGCCACCUGAUCAUUUCCUACUUGGUCUCAGUGGCAGCAGGCGUGAGUGUGGCAGCAGCGUUCCUCCUACCUUGGUCAAUGCUGCCAGAUGCUGUAGAUGACUUCAAAGUUCAAAAUCCAGACAUCCACGGUCAUGAGGCUCUCUUCUAUUCUUUUUACGUGUUCUUCAUCAAGUUUGCGUCUGGAUUGUCUCUGGGCAUUUCCACUCUCAGUUUAAAGUUUGCUGGGUAUGUGACUGGCGAGUGCUCCCAGCCUGAGGCUGUCAGUUCAACCCUGAAGGUCCUGGUCUCUCCUGUACCCAUCAUCCUCAUUAUUAUUGGACUUUUGGUGAUCAAGACCUACCCAAUCGAUGAGGAAAGGAGGCAAGGCAACCGCAAACUACUGCAGGAUCUGUUGGACUCGGAAUCAGAAACGUCAGAACUGGGAAGCAGCGUGUAGCAGCUGUUUUGGACACUUGUCAGGAUUAAUAGAAGAAGACCAACACUGCUGUCUUUGCACCAGCAUUAACCUUCUUCAUGCUGUAAAUCACAGAAGUUCAUGGUGCCCCCUAGUGGCCAAAUUAUUUUGUUUGUUGCCUUUUCCACCAGAUGCGUGUGAGUUCAGCUAUAACAAAACACUGGUAUGAUUUAAAAAACCUAAUCAGCUUGAUGUUUCAUUACCAUGGAGCCAACCAGGCAGCCAAGCCUUUUAUUUAUCUUUAUUUACUGUUAAACAGGACACAUAAAUCUGUCCAUAUGUCAAACUAAGGUUUUUCCAAAGAUUUAUUGUUUACAGAGAUGUUCCACAAGCUGAUUCUGUUUGAAGCCAAAAUCCUCCAGCUUUCCCAGUCUGUCCAUUUCCUCCUUCGUCUGCUUUACCUCACCAAUUCUUAGUUACAGAUUUGAUUUUGUGUUGUUGUAUCUUAUGACAUGUUUAUUUAUUGGUUUGUAAGAUGUGACUGACUCAUGCAGACAGGAGGGUCAUGUUACCUUUGUGGUUUAUCCGAUCUUGUUCGGGGUUUGUAAGCACUCUUUUAUAAGAAGUUUGAAUUUUUGUCUCUUUUUUUGGGUUUCUGAAGAACAUACGUGUUUUAUAUACUUGAACUGAAGGUGAAAAGAAAGUUUUUUGUACCAAAUGAAGUAAAAUCUGUACUUUAGGCAGUUGCUGUGAGAUUUUAGUUUGAAAUGAGAUUUUUUAUUUAUCUGGUCAGAGCUUUCUGAUGAUGCAAAGCCUUUCAAUACAAGUCAAUUUCGAUUGACUCUUGGUGUGAUUUGUCAACAAAGUCACCGUCUGUAUAAGUGGUCUUGUUCUUGCACACUAAGAAGAGAAAAGGCUUUAUUUAAAUAUGUAUUUAAACAAGUUGUCUGGGGGAUUAUUAUUUACUCAUGAAAGCACAUUUUUGUUAUUAAGAACAGAGUGGAUACUGAUUAUUGUGUAAGCAGGUGAUCCUAAAUUCCAGCUGAAAACUCAGAAAUUACCUAAAGGUAUAAAGCUAUGAGUUAAACAAGCUGCUUUUACAGGAAUGUGAUUGGUCAAAUAGGUCAUCGGAAGGAUUUAAAAUUGUAUUUCUCCUUUUAGGUUUUGGAAAUGGCACUGAAAUGUCCCAGUGAUUUUCUCACUGUGCAUGUACAAACUGAAGAUUAUAUGAUCUAUCCUGUUGUACAUAUAUAUAAAUUGUAAAUAUGACAACCAAGAGCAAUAAUUUGAUUGUACAAAAUAAAGUUUAAAUGUAAAAUUCUAAAUCAUUAAAUAAAAUUUGUUGAAACAUAAUAAAGAAAAACGUUUUGCUUCAUGUGAAAUGGCCCUAAAACACA